UCUGCUCAAAGAUCGAGGGACUCUCCGACAACAUUUACACCCAGUAAAAAUUAAAAAGAAGAUCUGCUGCAGAGGAUUUGUUUUAAUUUGCAGCUAUUUUUAUUCUGUCGGUAUAUACUCUGGAAUGCCAUAUAAAUGGCUUUGAUCUUGUUCUGGUGAAAAGAAACAUCACUUUGUGAGCUGAGAAAGUGAAAGAAAUCAAGCUGGUGACCACCAUGCUUUUUGUUUUCCCUCACAUUGGAUAGUGGCUUUUUUGGUCAUGCUGAACUGUCUUUAGGUGGAAAGUUUAUAGUUCUGGAUGUUCGAAUGAAUGCUUCUAAGCUGCAUUUCAGCACCGUUUCAAUUUCCUAUACUUCAUAUUCAUAGAACAAUCUCGGUAUGAUUAAUGCAAUCAGGCAGUGUUUCAUGAUACUCAUUAAGUGUUUAAUCGUAUGGCUGAAACAUGGUAUUAAAAGACUGUUGGGUGCUAAUUUGGUUCCCAACAACUGGAUAGCAUCCACCCGUAUCCCUCAUAGAAGAUCAUGUCAAGCAGACUCAGAGGAGUGGAAAACUAACGAGGCUCUCCGCACGUAUCAUCUAGGAGAUGAAAAUGGAGCCAAGGUUACAAUCCAAACCAGCACACAUGCCUUUCAUGUGGACCUCCAUAAGCUAUCAGAGUGCAGCGAGUACUUCAGGGCUUUGUCCCAAUCCAGUAUGAGAGAGACCUCAGAAAGCCUCAUUAAUCUUGAUCACGUGUCCUCCUCCAUUUUCCACAAUCUCCUUGAGUUCUGCUUCAAUCAUGAUUUUAAAGUUCCCCAAGAAGAACUGGGGUCACACAUUCAGGUGGGCAGCUAUCUUUUGGCUGAAGCCUUCGUCUCAAGGUGCCUGUUAGUCUUGACACAUGAACUCAGUCCAUCUAACUGCUUUUCAUACUUGAGCCUUGCUCAGGAGAUUUUCUGUUUAGAGCUGAAGAACACAGUAUUCACUUAUUUGAGCUGGAACCUGCUGGAGCUGCCACAUGUGCUGAGGUGUCUGAGCGAUGAGGAGAGGGAGGAAGUCAUCAACCUGAGAGUAAAAGGAGAGCGAUGCCUGUGCAGCUUCAGGAAAGAAAACCUAACUUCUUGGAACGACCCAGAAACGGAAUGUGCCCGGCGCAUUUUCACCAUGAAUGGGCCAGAGGACAGUGGAGAUUGGCACACACUUACAGAGCUUCCCUUCAGGGCGGAUAAGUGGUGUUUUACUGCAGUGGUGCUGUAUAACUACCUGUAUGCCAUAGGAGGCUACAGGCAGCGCAUGAAGAGAGGCUGGGAGUUCACUAUGGCUUCAUUUAGGUAUAAUCCUUUAAACAAUUCAUGGGUGGCUACAUCACCUCUGAUAAAGCACAGAAGACACUUCAGCGCAGUGGCCUGUGAAGGCUAUAUUUAUGCAGUUGGAGGCUGGUAUUUGGAUUCUCUGGUGACUCCAGACUCCAGCACAGCUCUGUACACAGCUGUGGAGCGCUACGAUCCAUGGGAGGACACAUGGAGGUUUGUAUCCUCAUUGCCACUCACCGACUUCCAGUUCACUGUGUCCUUAUCCCAUGAUGUUCCCCUCACUACCAGCCUUGGAGAAUGUAUCUAUGUGCUGGGGAGCAUUCAGAGGACAGGAGAGAAAUUACUGCUGAAGUACAACACAAAGCAAGACUCAUGGUCUGAACUGCUUCCCACCCUGACAAGAGCUGACGUAGACCUUCCUACCCUCUACUUCCUGGGGGCUGCUGACAAGCUGCUUGUGGUUGGUGGGAACAACUCUGAAAAUGUAGUGACGUCAUUCUGUGUGAAAUCCAAAAAAUGGGGACAGAUUCACAGAGCAGGCAAAGUGUCAUACGCUGGACAGGGGACACUUGUAGGUGACCGGCUUCUGAUGCCCAGUAUAGAGCACAACACUGUCAUAAGGCUGGAUCUUCAAACCUUAACCAUUAGGAUGCUCCCACCUUUACCUGUCCCCACCCUCUAUGAGGCGAUCUUUUACCUUUACUUUUGAUGCUAUAGCUCCCUGGUUUAUUUAUACCCUAGUAGGUGCCUAUGUUUAUGGAUAAAUAGUAUAGUAAUUUUAAAUCAUUUAAGACACAUAAAUAUGUAUUUUUUUUCUGAAAGUACUUUGUCACCUAAACCUUUUUGAGUAUGUUGACCACAUUAUACUCUUGGGUUUUGUUCAUCUCAGCAACAUAUUUCUUUUGGAUUUGUUAUGAUCCGUUAGAAUUGCUAGCGAUAUGUAGGCUACCACUGUCUGAAAACUAUAAAAGGCAGGAGAAGAUGGA